AAAGGAGAAGAAAAACAAGAAACUCGAGAUAAAUUAUCACGAUUGAACUUUUUACUAAGAGCUAGUGGAAUUUAUAGUCAAAUCAUCUCACAAAAUAUAGAACGCGAAAGAGCUUCACGUGAAGCAGCCAUUAAGAAACAAACUGAAAAGUCGAAUGAAAGUAGUACAAAAUCUCAAUCUAUCAAACCACCAGAAAAACGUGAUAAUACUAGAAAAUCAUCCAGAACUUUGAAGAAUGAAACCGAUCAACCUAAUGAACCGAUCAGCAAAUCUAAUCAAACGCGAUCAAGAAGGAAAAACGCGAAAAUUGAAAAUGCUAAAGAGGCUGAACUAGAAACGGCAAAGGUCACUCAACUGAUUGAAAAUGCUCAAUCCAACGAAGCCCAAGACGAAAAAUCAGAUCAAAAACCCGAAUCAAUUCCUAAUCAUGUUGGUCAACCUGAUCUCUUAUCUGGUGUAACCAUGAGACCAUAUCAACUAGCUGGUAUGCAUUGGUUAGCCACACUUUAUGAAAACGGUUUAAAUGGAAUCUUAGCCGACGAAAUGGGAUUAGGAAAAACUUUACAAACGAUCAGUUUUUUAUGUUAUUUAAGAGAAAGAGGAGUUUGGGGACCAUUUCUAAUAGUUUGUCCAUUAAGUACAGUAGCUAAUUGGGUGAAUGAAUUCGAAAGGUUUUGUCCUACUGUACCUGUUGUACUUUAUCAUGGAUCAAAAGAUGAAAGAAAUACUUUAAGAGCUGAAAGAAUGUCACCACCUGAAGAUGAUCCUAAAGCUUGGUUAGGUAAACCGAUCAAUAAACGAAGCAAUAAACGAAACAAUUUGAAAUCAAAUCUUACAGCUUGGACUUCAACUAAUACAAAAGAAACGUUUCCUGUAGUGGUGACUUCAUAUGAGAUUGUGAUGAAUGAUCGUCAAUAUCUUUCUCAAUAUGCUUGGUCUUAUAUUGUUGUUGAUGAAUCACAUCGAUUGAAGAAUUUAGAGUGUAAAUUGGUUCAGGAAUUGAAAUCUUAUACUAGUGCUAAUCGAUUACUCUUGACGGGAACGCCAUUACACAACAACUUGAAAGAGUUGUGGUCAUUACUUAACUUUAUCUUACCUGAGAUCUUUGAUGAUUAUUCUUCGUUUGAACAAUGGUUUGACCUUUCGUCCGUCACAGCGGCUACAGAUUCAGCUGCUGCUCUUUCUUCUGCUCAAGCCCAACAUAUCGUCAGAAAUUUACACGCAAUUCUGAAACCAUUCAUGUUACGUAGAAUGAAGAGUGAGGUUGAAACAUCAUUGCCAAAGAAGAAAGAGUACCUUUUGACAGCUCCACUGACAGCACAACAGAAAGAAUUGUAUGAAGCAGUUAUCAAUAAAUCAUUGAGAACCUUACUAGUCAAUCAAAAGUCAAAAGCCGCUGAAGAAGCCGAGAACUUGAGCUCAAACAAACGUGAAAGCACCAAGAAACCAUCUCAGAGAAAAUCAUUAGGAAGACAAACCAAAGACGUCAAAAAGUUACAUGGUUAUACUGAAGUAUCAGAUCAACAAUUCUUUCAAGAUGUUGAAAAAGGCGUUUCUACUGAGAUUGAUUAUAAUUUACAAACUCAAUCAAUUCAAUCGGUUCAAGGAAAAAACAAAAAUCAAUUUGAAGCUAUCAAAAGUGUAAAUCAAAUGAAAUUACAAAACGUGAUGAUGCAACUUAGAAAAGUUUGUAAUCAUCCUUGGUUAUUUGAUUGGCCUAUUGAUCCUACCACUGGAACUUAUUCAGUUGGAUCUGGUUUGAUUACUUCUUCUGGUAAGAUGUUAUUACUGGAUAAAUUAUUACAUGUUUUAUUUGAUAGAGGUCAUAAAGUUUUAAUCUUUUCUCAAUUUACUAGUAUGCUUGAUAUUAUUCAUGAUUGGGCUAAUGAUUUGAAAGGAUGGAAAGUUUGUAGAAUUGAUGGGAGUACUAGUCAAGAUGAACGUAGAGCACAAAUGAAAGAUUUUAAUCAAAAUCAUGGACCUGAUGGAUGCAGUCUAUUUUUAUUAUCUACAAGAGCAGGAGGAGUCGGAAUUAAUUUAGUAGCAGCAGAUACGGUGAUUUUGUUUGACUCAGAUUGGAAUCCACAACAAGAUUUACAAGCUCAAGACCGAGUUCAUAGAAUUGGACAAACUAAACCUGUCUUAGUAUUUAGAUUAGUAAGUGGUAACACCAUCGAAACUAAGAUGUUGCAAAAAGCAAGUCAAAAGAGAAAAUUGGAAACUUUAGUGAUUGGACAUGGAUUUGAUUUGACUAAAAAGGAGGAAGAGGAUGAAGAGGAUGAGGAAGGGAACGGAUCAGAAGAUGAUCUUCAAGAGAUCGUAUUUGGUAAACGUAGUGUAAAGAGCAAAAAGAAAAGUAUGAAAGAUUUAGCUGAAGCUAUUUUAAAGAAUGAUGGAGAAAAGAUCGUUUUAGCUGAAGUUGGUGAUGAGAUCUUAAGUGAUCAACAAUUGGAAAGUUUAUUAGAUAGAAGUGUGAGUGAAAGUUUGAUUUAA